CCGAGACCUUCAUUUAGUGGCCUAGCAAUUCAAGUGUUCUUCUUGGUGACAGCCAUUUGUUCCUGGUUAGAAGCCAUCUGUGCCUCCUUCUCAACUCAAGAGACUCCACAGUUACCUUUGCCCACUUGCUUCCACACUCCCUGUUCAACAUAACUCUGUGAUAUACUGUUUUUAGAAAGAACCAAGGACAGGAGGGGACACGUGACUGAAGAACGAACACCAAGAAAAGUCUUGCGCUCAGCCAUUUGUCUAAUACAAAAUCCUUUGAUGUGUUUGCAUGUCUGACUUCCGGUUCAGAAAAUGGUCAGUGGUAACGAACUUCCCUCAGCAACAACAAAUCGACAUGGGCCACCGUCACUAUGGUGGCUUCCAAGCAUUGAGAGAAAAUACAUACAAGCCCUGGCUUUUUGUUAUUAACUACUGCUACUGCUUCCUCAGUUGUUCUUCCUGUGACAAAGCAUUGGAAAACACCAAGUACAUGUGGUAGUCUCUCUCUCUCUCUCUCUCUCUCUCUCUCUCUCUUGCUCUCUCUCGCUCUCUCCCUCUCUCUCCCUCUCUCCCCCGCUCUCCCUCUCACUCACUCUUAUGUUGGUUUAAGAGGCGAAUCAUCAAUCCAGUCAUUAAAACCUAUUAUCAUCCACAUAUAGGCAAUAGUUCUUAGCCAUCGAACUAAAACGGAAGCCAUUAUUUUGGAAUGUGUAGGAAUGUGGGGGAAGUUGGCACAGAGUAGUGGAUGGAUAUGAUCAUAUUUGACUGGAUACAUAUAAAAAAUCUCCAAGAAAAAAUAAUAUGACGGAGAAUGAAAUCAGGGUGUCACUAAGAAGGAUGAAAGUUUGGCGCCCUCUAAAGGCACCCAGCCUUCUGAUGCCUUUACCUCUUGUCCAUUGGAGGGUGUGGGAAAGGGGCAGGACUCCCGUUGUUUCUAAUCUGAAAGCUGAAUUCUAAAUCGUCACUCCGCCCUCCCCCGCACCCCGAGAUUGUGGAAUUCACAUUAAUACAACUCCCUGUUGUCCAUAGCCUGGCAGAAGAAGCCACCGGUUUUUGUGUUAAACUGAGAGUUUGACCAAAGUCAGCAAAGUGAGCACUGUUUCCACUUCAGGACAAGGCUCUGAGACUGAAACUUCUUCCUUGUGUUCUAUAAAACAAACUCCACCUUUGACCUCUCACCUUUGGCUUCUCACCUGAUCAGUGCUUGCAAGACAGGGCAUGACGGAGAUCUGACAACUUCUGACCUUCAUCCAGAAAUUCAAGAGUUCUUCACGGUGAAGGCCAUUUGUCCCUGGUUAAACACCACCCCAUAUUCACAACUCAAGGGAACUCACAGUAGGAAAGUUUGAAGUGUCCAGUCUCCUUCUCCCAAAUGAACUCAGCUGGAAUGGAAGCGGUAACAGCUUUGGAAAUACACAGUAAGCCAGAGCGCACCAUGGCCAAGAAGGUGGCAGUGAUUGGAGCUGGCGUAAGUGGCCUGUCCUCUAUCAAGUGCUGCUUGGACGAGAACCUGGAGCCCACCUGCUUUGAGAGAACUAGCGACUUUGGCGGACUGUGGAAGUUUGCUGACACUUCCGAGGAUGGGAUGACCAGGGUUUACAGGUCACUAGUGACAAAUGUCUGCAAAGAAAUGUCAUGUUACAGUGACUUCCCAUUCCGAGAAGAUUACCCCAACUUCAUGAGCCAUGAGAAAUUCUGGGACUAUCUCAGAGAAUUUGCUGAGCACUUUGGCCUGCUGAGAUAUAUUCGGUUUAAGACAACUGUGCUCAGUGUAACAAAGCGCCCAGACUUCUCUGAAACUGGCCAGUGGGAUGUUGUCACAGAGACAGAAGGCAAACGGGACAGGGCAGUAUUUGACGCUGUUAUGGUUUGCACUGGGCAAUUCCUGAGCCCACAUUUACCUCUGGAGUCCUUUCCUGGAAUCCAUAAGUUUAAAGGACAGAUCCUGCACAGCCAAGAGUACAGGAUUCCAGAUGCCUUCCGGGGCAAGCGCAUCCUGGUGGUUGGUCUUGGAAACACUGGCGGGGACAUAGCAGUAGAGCUCAGUGAAAUAGCAGCUCAGGUGUUUCUCAGCACUAGAACUGGCACCUGGGUCCUAAGCCGCUCCUCACCUGGUGGCUACCCUUUCAAUAUGAUACAAACAAGAUGGCUCAAUUUCCUUGUACGAGUUCUGCCUUCACGUUUUAUAAACUGGACUCACGAGAGGAAAAUGAAUAAAAUACUUAACCAUGAGAAUUAUGGAUUAAGCAUUGCAAAAGGGAAAAAACCAAAAUUUAUUGUAAAUGAUGAACUACCAACCUGUAUACUUUGUGGGAAAGUCACCAUGAAAACCAGCGUGAAGGAUUUUACAGAAUCUUCUGUCAUCUUUGAAGAUGGUACAACAGAAGCCAACAUUGAUGUAGUGAUCUUCACUACAGGAUAUGAAUUUUCUUUUCCCUUUUUUGAAGAACCUCUCAAAAGCCUUUGUACAAAGAAGAUCAUCCUAUACAAGCGAGUCUUUCCCCCAAAUUUGGAGAGAGCAACAUUAGCCAUUAUUGGCCUGAUCAGCCUUAAUGGGUCGAUCUUAGUGGGCACAGAGUUCCAAGCACGAUGGGCCACAAGAGUAUUCAAAGGACUCUGUAGCAUACCUCCAUCUCAGAAACUGAUGGCCGAAGCCACUAAAACGGAGCAGCUCAUUAAAAGGGGUGUGAUUAAAGAUACCAGCCAAGACAAACUGGACUUCAUUACCUACAUGGACGAGCUCACUCAGUGCAUAGGCGCGAAGCCCAGCAUUCCACUUUUGUUCAUUAAGGAUCCAAGAUUGGCUUGGGAAGUUUUCUUUGGACCAUGUACCCCUUACCAAUACCGCCUAGUGGGCCCUGGAAGAUGGGAUGGAGCCAGAAAUGCCAUCCUGACACAGUGGGACAGGACUCUGAAACCAUUAAAAACUCGAAUUGUUCCUAAGUCCCCCGAGCCUACCUCCCUCUCACAUUACUUAAUAGCUUGGGGGGCACCUGUCCUGCUUGUCUCUCUUUUACUUAUCUACAAAUCUUCACAUUUUCUUGAAUUGGUACAAGGUAAGCUACCGAGAAGAUUUCCCCCUUACCGAUUACUGUGGUACAUGCCCCAGAACUCAUGAGUUGGUCUCCAGUUUACCAAUGGAGGAAGGUGUCUGGGACACCCUCUUUAAACAGAUUGGUGCUGCUCUCAACACUGGAUCACUCUCAGUAGGGCAGGUUGUCAUAAAGCAAGGCUGCCUCUGAUCUCAUCACGUUUUUUGUGCAUUUAUUUGUGCCCUUUGAACUUUCUACCAUGUAAUGACAUAGAACAAACCUCUCACUAGAAGCUGUCACUGUAUCCUUGAGCCCUCCAGCCUCCAGAACCAUAAACAAAAUUUACCCAUUUCAUUCAUUCUAUUGUGAUGAUGGGAAAUGAUCUGAGAUGCCUCAUUACUGAUUGCUAAAGAUUAAUAUGAUUGCUUGUGAGGGCUGCACUAAGCCAUGAGAGUUCCCCCUCAAGUAUCUUGGGCAUGCCUACUCUCUUCCCAUAGUGUCUUCCAAGUUCAUGCCUCACUGGCAUGCCCAUAGGCCAACCUAUCUAGGCAAUUACCCGCUGAGAAUCUAUUUCAAGAUUAUUUUAAGUUAUGUAAAGCUGACAAUUAUAAAAUACCUAUCAUGCGUAGAAUCACACGACUUUUUGUUUGAGGGACUGUGGAGUUUUGUGGGGUCUGGUGUUUCAGGAGUAUUUUGGUUUUGGUUUAAGAUGAGGUCUCAGUAUAUGGCUUUGGCUGGCCUUGAACUCUUAAGGAGAUCUUCUCACCUCUGCCUGACUGCUGUAAUGUAAAAAUAUGUGCCACCAAACCCAGCUGUCACUUGAUGUUUUGUAUCUUAUAAUAAAUGAUGGAGCCUU